AUGACCUCUAACAUAGUCUUGCCGCUGCUGGUCAGCGCCAUUCUGCGAGUCUCCAACGCACAGGAAGCUUCAACGACAUCCUACCAACUGGUGAAGAAAUACACAGGCCAGAACUUCUUCGACAAUUUUGCCUUUUUCUCCGAUCGUGACCCUACGAACGGGUUUGUCAAAUACGUCGACUUGGAGACGGCCAAUCAGACUGGACUGGCAGGCUUCGCCUCUAGUGACUCAUUCGAUAACGCGAUCUACCUGGGGGUUGACUGGUGGUCUUUGAAUGUCACCCCGGAUGGCCGCCCUUCUACUCGCGUUGAGAGCAAAGAUACGUUCAACCACUCUUUGUGGAUCGCCGACAUUAAACACAUGCCUGGUGGGAUAUGUGGGAGCUGGCCUGCGUACUGGCUGCUGGGGGAAGGUGCUCGCUGGCCACAGGCGGGGGAGAUUGACAUUAUGGAGGGAAUCAACAAACAGACGGUCAACAAAAUGGUCUUACACGCCGACACCGGUGUUAGCAUCUUCAACGUGACGGGAGCAACAUCAUCCAAUCAAACUCAGAUGCGAGGGACAUUAUCUAGUCUCGACUGCAGCCUCGAUACUGCAGGAAGCACGGGCUGUGUCGCAGAAGGCUCGUGGAAUGAUUUCGGCACCGAUUACAAUGCAGCAGGAGGUAGCGUGCUUGCGACCGAGUUCACCAGCGAUGCCAUCAGGAUCUGGAAUUUCCAGCGUGGCAGUGUGCCCAGUGACAUUGCUGCCGGAUCUCCCGAUCCCGAGGCCGCUGCCGACAGCUGGGGGCCUCCGGAUGCCAUGUUCGUCAGCAGUGGCAACGGGACUUUUGACGAGCAUUUUUUCAACCUCAAGAUCAUCUUCAACACUGCGCUCUGUGGCGACUGGAUCGACAAGACAUGGAAUACUUCAGAGUGCGCUUCGGUCGCCCCAACAUGUCAGGACUAUGUGACCAACAAUCCGGCCGUGUUCAAAGAUGCAUACUGGGCCAUUGGCGGUGUCCAAGUGUAUCAGCAAGCCGACCCAUCUUGCACGGGCAUGUCUACGCCCUUGCCGAGCAACCGGUUCCAACCAUGCUCCCGCGCUCAAGGCACAGACGCAGUUCGCGACGCUUCAGGUCUUAUUGAAGGCGGAAACGGAAAUCACAACCACUCGUGA